CUGUGGCUCAGCGUGGCGCAUUUGACGUUUUCAGUUCAUCAUGCAUACCUUGCAUGCUCUUCUUCACCACUAAACCGCAUUGUCGCCCACGGAAUACUACACUUAACAGGUUAUCAGCAUCAAUCAGACCAUAGAGUUCAGAAGCAUCAUCAUCAUCAUCAUCAAUGGUGUGUCAACAACUAGCAGCCGGCACAUUUUCCCGUGUACGCUCAAUGAACUAUCUCCACAGCUCACAUCACGGCUGCAUAUGUAUGGCGUUUGUGAAGCUUGGAGGGGAGUUUUGCCAGGCACAGCACCUACUGCUCAUUGUGGACAAGUGAACAGGAGAACCAGAUACCACAACUGCCACUGUGGUACAGAGGUCUUUAUUGACAUCCUAUUGGACCCUUAUGAGGAAAAUUCACCUUACAAUCUCUUGCCUGUUCUGUGGGGUAGAGGAGGCUUUCCUUUCAUUCUAGGAUUGUCCUAUUCGCUCUCUGCUUCAGUCUGUACUUAUCAGGAGAAAUUAAUAUCCUGUCUUUGCCUUUUUUUGUUGACAUUGACAUUUUUAAAUCCAACCUCAAAGCCAGAUUUUUGCUGUUGCCAAGUAAUCUUUUUCACUUCAUUCGAAUCUCAAAUCCCCCCCUUUUUCUAUUAAGUGUAGUAAUUUAAGUGCCCCUUUUCCUGAGUGAAAAUACAGUGGUACUGGCUGUGUCAACAUUUUAGAAAAGCACACAAGACUUUACCUUUUACUUGUCAAAAUGAAUCGCCCAGCUCCAGUAGAAAUCUCUUAUGAUUGCCUGAGGUUUCUCAUUACACACAACCCCACCAACCAACAACUGGGAAAGUUCAUUGAAGAUCUUAAAAACUUUGGUGUGAACACACUUGUCAGAGUGUGUACUGCUACCUAUGAUAAAGCACCAGUGGAACAGGAAGGCAUAAAAGUUGUUGAUUGGCCAUUUGAUGAUGGCUCUGCCCCACCAGAGCAAGUGGUGGAUGAUUGGCUCCAUUUGCUGCAGACCAAAUUUAGAGAGGAGCCUGGAUCCUGUGUUGCUGUCCACUGUGUGGCAGGGCUUGGGCGUGCUCCGGUCCUGGUGGCUUUGGCCUUAAUCGAGUGUGGGAUGGAAUAUGAGGAUGCUGUGCAUUUCAUUAGACUGAAGCGCCGUGGAGCAUUCAAUGCUAAGCAGCUCUUGUAUCUGGAAAACUACAAACCUAAACUGUGUCUACGCUCCAAGGAUGGUAAUGGACAGAGCUGCUGCAUACAGUAGGAACUAUUAAUAUAUGCAGCACAUGUAUUGAAGGCUAUGUGUGUAGGAUUUAAAAGAGUUAAUUGUUUUAAUUGGAAACAUUUAUGCAAGAUGCAAACAUAAAAUGUAUAUGUUAUUAUUAUAACUAUCCCCACCUGAAGAGUCCUUGUCCUCUUUUAAUAAAUAUGUAGCAUACAGUCACAUAUAAUUCUCUGUGACACUGCAAACGACUCCUCGUUUUCUGAUGUCAGUGUCAGAGACUUCCUCGUACAGAGUAGUGCAACUUUAUUCUUUAAUUGCAACAUUUUGUUAUGCAGUCAGAAAUCAGCACAAUUCGUGUUAUUGUAUGAUAUGCAUAUUGUUUGCGGAUGCACAUGUGAAAUCUGCUGUAUUAAAUUGUACUAUGGUUGACAUUUCUACUGUACCUACUCUAUGUCCCAACCAUACAUGUCCCCUAAAUGGUAUAUGUGAAAAUUACGUCCUGCAUAACAGCACUGCUAUAAUAGAAGGUAGCCCUGUUAGUCAUACACUGAAGAAAACAAAAAUAUGUCCAAGAUAUGUACUUAUAGAAAAGUUUCCUCUACUACUCUGCUCUUAUCACCACUGCUACAAUACAGGCUGAUAUAUGCUCUAUGUCCAGCUCUGUACCUAUAGCUAUCUUUGCCAGCUGCUAUGUGUGUAAGAAACUUGGUCUUUGUGGAGUCGUGUUUAUAGGUUGCAUUUGAUACCCUUAUAUUCUAUUUAUACAUAUUUAUUUAUACCCACCGUGUUUCUUUGUGAUAAGAUGUCUGCUGGGGGAAAUGCUCUUAGUGUCUUCUGAUUAAUAAAGUGUUUAGUAAUGUAA